AUGUGUAAAAAGAUGCUGGAGUUUAUAGACAAGAGCGUUGUUGACGAGACAAAAGAGCUAGCCAGAUAUGCGCCAUACGAAGGCGUGGCUGAGUUUGUGAAUCCUUGGGCCGGAAGCGAGGUGCACGGAGUUUCAAACGACGUGGCUGCAAUUCUGGCAGCCCUUGAGGACUAG